AUGACCGCAUCCGGACCGGAGAGCAAACGGGGUCCUGAUAUUGCUACAGUUGCUGUUGUACGAGCCAACAAUGAAUGUGAAAAUAAUGAUGUGGUCGAUGAAAUAGUUGAAUAUUACAAUUGUAGAUACUUAUCAGCAUGUGAAGCAUCAUGGAGAAUUUUUAAAUAUGAUGUUCAUUGCAGGUAUCCUUCGGUGGUCAGACUACCUUUUGAUCUUCUUAAUCAACAGCAGAUUUUAUAUGGCGAAGACGAUGAUAUUGACGAUGUUCUGGACAAACCUUCUGUUGCUGCUUCAAAGUUCACAUCUUGGAUGGAUUGUAAUGCAAUUGAUAAUGAAGCACGGGAACUUACAUUUGUUGAAUUUCCUACAAAAUUUAUUUGGAUAUUAAAUGGUCGGUUUUGGAAGCGAAGGAAAGUAGGAAAAGCCAUUGGUAGAAUUCAUUCGGUUUCACCUAAUCUUGGUGAAACAUAUUUCUUAAGGAUUCCUUUAAAUAAAGUUAAAGGUCCGACGUCAUUUGAUGAAAUUCGCACGGUAAAUGGUGAAACACAUUCUUCUUUUAGAGAUGCUUGUUAUGCACUCGGGCUAUUAGAUGAUGACAAGGAAUAA